AUGGCGAAGCGCCGCUCGGGUGGCCCGAAGCGGCUCCAGAACGGGACGGCCCGCCGAGAAAAGCCGCCUCCAGCGCCUCCGCCGGAGCUCCCCGCUAAACCGGCCCCGCUAACGGCCGCCGCGGCGGGCGAAAACCGCGCGGCGGUUCUGCUCCCCUCAGAGCAAACUCUGACGUUCACGGGAAAGUGUCGCCUGACCUGCCUGUAUGGAUCCGUGGAGGUGUUGGGGUUCACAAUUGCUCCAGACCAGCCCCCUUACGAUCUGUUCUCCCCCCACACCUACUGUGCCCUCACCGUGGAAGCCGCUGCCGGCAAGGAGGGCACGGAAAAAUCGAAGAAGGAGAUGAAAUUGGAAGCCAAGGCCAUUCUCCGAGCGCACCUCGUGCCCCGGGAGGCCAGGUGCAGAUUGCUAAAAAGCUUUGUGCCCCACUGCUCCAUCCUUUUGCUGGAACAGCUGGACACCCCAGCGACGAAGUUCAUCCUCAGCCACCCGGAAUUCUCCCAGGUUUUCAGAGCGAAAAAACAGGCCUUCUCUUCCAUCCUGGAAGACCCCGUGCUGGCUUCUGCCGGCCUGGAGAGGCUGGAGCCCGGCAGAGGCCUGCUGCUAUCCCAGAGCAUGCGUUCGGCCAUUGGCGAGCUGAUCCACGCUUGCCAGGUGGAAGAUGAAGGUUGCCCGAUUAUCCUGGUUUGUGGCCCCAAAAGCAUCGGAAAAUCAACGUUCAACAGAUACCUGAUGAAUCUUUUAUUAAACUGCCUUCCCUCCCUCGAAUACUUGGAAUGCGAUUUGGGACAGCCGGAGUUCACCCCACCGGGCUGCAUCUCCCUGGUUAACGUGCGGGAACCCCUUCUGGGUCCGCCGUUCACCCACCAGCGCCCCCCUCGCAAGAUGGCCUUCUACGGGGACAACUCUUGCGAGCACGACACCGAGCGCUACCUCGACACGCUGAAAUACGUCUUUGGAGGCUACGAGAGAGACGUCCCUCUGCUGGUCAACACCAUGGGAUGGGUGAAAGGGGCCGGCUUGCUGCUCCUGAUCGACACCAUCCGCGUGCUGUCGCCCACCCACGUGGUCCAGCUGAGCACCGAGGAUUUCAAAGACAUGCCUCAGCUCUCCGCCGACUACAUCCGCGGCACCGCCGGCCUGCACACCCGAGGGAAGCCCUCCCUCAAAAGGAAAAAUCCCGGCGGAAGUUGGGAACACUGCCGGAACCAGCGAGGCUCCCAUGCUCCCCAGCCUGGGCAUCAGUUGCUGUGUGUCCAGCCAAACUUUCCGGGCGCCGGAGUCCCCGGCAAAGGGCGAGCGCACAGCAGCACCUUGCGAAGUCUUACUAUGGUGGGCUACCUGGGCCAGCUGCAGCCGCCCGACCUGGAAGCGGUGGUCCCCCUGCCCAGCCUGGUGCCCUAUCAGGUGCCCUUCAGCGCCGUUGUCCUGAAGGUGAUCCACGUCGACGUGGAGCCAACCCACAUCUUGUGCUCCCUCAAUGCCAGCUGGGUCGGCCUGUGCCACCUGCCAGACCAGAUCCCGUGUAAAGCCGAGGGUCCUGUGGUGUUGACGCAGACCCCCCUCUGCGAUUGCCUGGGCUUCGGAAUCGUCCGAGGAGUGGAGAUGACCCGCAAGCUUUACUAUAUCCUGACGCCGGUGGCUCCGGAGAUCUUACGCCGGGUGAACUGUUUGCUGAUUGGGAACAUCGCCAUCCCGAACUGCAUCUUUCUGAACCAAGCCAGGACCGGUGGGGAGAUCCCUUACGUCACCUCGGAUUACAACUACGAUGUUUCCGGUGCUGGGAAAUUAAAAAUUAAGAAACAUCUACAGAGGAGGGAACACCGUCACCUGUGAAUUCCUCCUGGGGAAGGAUUCGUCUCCGGGACCUAGCGGGCUUUCCAUCGGCAAGCCGGCGCGUGUCAUUCCCUGCCAUUCCCUUGGCCAAAUUUGGCUCCUCCCUUCCGCGACGAGCGUAUUUUUGUCACGAUGCUCAAAUUAAAACA